AUGGCACAUCGGAGCAUCGUAGAGCAGUUCAACCAGAAGUUCUGCGCUGCCAUUGGAGGUCUGUCAGUUGGCCUUCCUUUUGGGAAGAACAACGUCACUCCUUUGGCAUGCACUGGCACGGACUUCAUGAAGCAACUGACAGAGGACGCCCUGGCCAAAGGUGCCCGGGUGAUCAACGCCGGAGCCGGCGGCGCGCACUGCGAUCGGACGCUCUUCGCACCAACGGUUCUAUACCCUGUGAAUGCGGAGAUGCAGCUCUGGACGGCUGAACAGUUCGGCCCAGUGAUCCCAAUCGCACCCUACGACACCAUCCAGGAGCCCAUCGAGUGGCUCCGAAAGAUGCACUUCGGCCAGCAGACCACCAUCUUCACCUCCCAGGAUCCGGCUGCCCCUCCGUCUCCAGAGCUGCCAGAGCUUCUGGAUAUGUGUGCGCUGUGCACCUGCCGCGUGAACAUCAAUGCGCAGUGCCAGCGCGGCCCCGAUGUCUAUCCUUUUGCGGGCCGCCGAUCUUCUGCAAUGGGGACUAUCUCGGUGGAGGAGGUUCUGCGAGCGGUCAGCGUGGACACCAUGAUUGCUUGCAAGAACCCGGAGGUCCUGAGGCGUGCGGCCCAGGGCUCCAGCGUCUUCGCUCGCUUCUGA